AUGGUAAACCGAUUGCAAUUGAAAGACGAUGGACUUUUUAUUGGUUUUUAUAUGACGAAAGAAUCCUGGCAGUUAAUUAUUAAACGCAUCAACAUACCACCUACUGUAAAACUUAACGGUACCGAUUACAUUAUCCUUGAUUGUGACUACGACUUAGAAAAUACAUCCAGCACGGGUCUUGUCGUCAAAUGGUUUUUUAAUACCAAUCAAGUGAUCUACCAAUGGAUUUAUGGCAGAUAUCCUUUGGCGGACGAGCCUGCUGCAAAGUACGUCGAUCUAACAUAUAAAGCCAGUAAUGAUCCAUAUACUGAAUACCGAGCCGUAAAAUUGAAUAAACCAGGUGUCGAUCUUACCGGCGUAUAUACAUGUGUUAUAUCUACCUAUGCAGAUGAACGAACGGCAAAUGCAUCAAUGAUAGUAUAUUCUACAGAAGAUAAGUUUGAACUUGUGUAUAGGAAAAAGAUCAUAAACAAUAAAGAUGGAGUCGAAAUAACAUGUAUCGCUGAAGGACUUUAUCCUCAACCGGCUUUAAAUAUUUCUGUCGAGUAA